AUGCAGCAGCAGACCCCUCCCGAAUUUAUCCUGGACGCAUUCGCUGACCCGGCGUCCGUCCGAGACGUGGUCAAAGGAAUCCUCCACACCAUCUUCUUCCACCGCUUCUUCCCCGCCGUCGUCCCCUACACCCGGGAGGUCCUCGACUUGACCCUUCCCUACGUCGACGACGUCGAGCUCGAGACCAUGAUCGAGCAGCGCGCUACCGCUCUAGUCCGCCAGCUCGACGCCGAGCGGUCUUCAUCAUCAACGUCGACAGGCUCAGGAGGCGGCGGGGGAGGGCGCGGCCAGCUCAACGUCCAGUUCUUCGAGAAGAAGCGCCGCAAGGCCUGGCUCAUGCGCGGCGACGAGGAGGUCUGCUGGGAGUGCUGGACCGUCAAGGUCACCGUCGCCGAGCCACGGACUGAGACUGAGCGCGCAAAAGUCCGCAAGGCCAUGGAACAGACCCUGAUGACGACCGUCAUGAAAGUCAUCACCUUUGUCAAUGCCCACAAGGACCACAUCCCUCCGAUAACGACGCAGGGGUCGAACCCCUUUCCCUACCAGAUCAACAUUAACCAAAAGGAGUCCGGAUGGGCCACGAGGAUGGGUAUAUACUGA